AAUACAAGAUGGCUGCUCAUAUAAAACCAGGCAUCGGGCUUCUCCCUGGUGAUGGAGGAAUAGAGGCUUUAAUCCGCGCGGCUGGUAUUUCGCGUCGCUACUGCUCUCACAGACGUCUGAAGGCGGGAGUGGGGCUCGAGCCGCCGCUGGCGACAGCCACCACUAGUCGCCAUCCCACUGGUGGGCCGCGGCGCGCUUCCCGCAGGCCCAGGCCAGGGCCCUGCCCUCCUCCUUCCUACCAGAAUCGUGGCGGCUCUCUCGCUGCUCCGCCAGGCCCGGGCUCCGACUCUUUCUCGUCAUGGCCGUCUCCAGGCUUGAUCGUCUCUUCAUCUUACUGGACACUGGUACAACACCAGUAACAAGGAAAGCUGCUGCACAGCAACUUGGGGAAGUUGUGAAACUUCAUCCACAUGAACUAAAUAAUCUCCUGGCUAAAGUAUUGAUACACUUAAGGAGUACAAAUUGGGAUACCCGCAUUGCAGCUGGACAAGCUGUGGAAGCAGUAGUGAAAAAUGUACCAGAAUGGAAUCCAACUCCACGACCAAAACAAGAACGUGGCUGUGAAAGUCCGGUGGAAGAGUCAUCUGCCUCUGAUCGCCUGCGUUUUGACCGAUUUGAUAUCUGCAGACUUUUAAAACAUGGUGCUUCUCUUCUUGGGUCUGCUGGUGCAGAAUUUGAGCUUCAGGAUGACACAUCUGGUGAAGUUGAUCCCAAAGAGAGGAUAGCACGACAGAGGAAACUGCUCCAAAAGAAACUUGGCCUUGAUAUGGGUGCAGCAAUUGGAAUGAAUACGGAAGACCUGUUCAAUGAUGAGGAUUUGGACUACACGCCUGCUUCAUCAUUUCUGGUACACAAACAACCUACUCUUCAAGCUGCUGAGUUGAUUGAUUCUGAAUUUCGAGCUGGUAUGAGUAACAGACAAAAGAAUAAGGCUAAAAGAAUGGCCAAGCUGUUUGCGAAGCAGAGAUCAAGAGAUGCAGUAGAAACCAAUGAGAAGAGCAAUGAUAGCGCUGAUGGUGAGCCGGAAGAAAAGAGAAGAAAAAUUGCAAACGUUAUCAUCAGUCAACCCGCAGCUGACUCCAGACUUCUGGUAGAGAAUAUUCCAGAAGAGACCAAUGAAUGGCCUCUAGAAAGUUUUUGUGAAGAAGUAUGCAAUGACCUCUUUAACCCAUCAUGGGAGAUCCGGCAUGGUGCAGGUGUUGGACUGAGAGAGGUACUUAAAGCUCAUGGGAAAAGUGGAGGUAAAAUUGGAGACAGCACUAUAGAAGAGAUGAUUCAGCAACACCAAGACUGGCUGGAAGACUUGGCUAUCAGGCUUCUUUGUGUGUUUGCAUUAGACAGAUUUGGUGAUUUCGUUUCAGAUGAAGUUGUGGCACCCGUGCGAGAGACUUGUGCUCAGACUUUAGGAGUAGUACUGAAAUAUAUGAAUGAGAGCGGAGUUCAUAAAACUGUGGCUAUCUUGCUGAAGUUACUGGCCCAGGAGCAGUGGGAAGUGAGGCAUGGUGGUCUGCUAGGAAUAAAGUAUGCUUUGGCCGUUCGUCAGGACCUAAUUGAUACUUUAUUGCCUAAAGUGUUGCCAGCAAUAACUGAAGGCCUGCAAGAUCUGGAUGAUGAUGUUAGAGCUGUUGCUGCAGCGUCUUUAGUACCAGUAGUGGAAAGUCUUGUCCAGCUUCAGCCAGAGAAAGUACCCUUUAUUCUUAAUAUACUAUGGGAUGCACUCAUGGAUUUGGAUGACCUGACAGCUUCCACAAACAGCAUCAUGACCCUUCUUUCAUCCCUUUUAACUUAUUCUCAGGUCCGAAAAUGCAGUAUACAGCAGUCGCUCUCAAUUCUGGUACCACGCGUGUGGCCAUUCCUACAUCAUACAAUAUCUUCUGUUCGAAAAGCAGCAUUAGAAACUCUAUUUACUUUGUUGUCUACUCACGAUCAGAGUUCUGCAGCCUGGCUUACUCCCAUUUUGCAAGACAUGUUAAGGCAUAUCUUUCAGUUCUGUAUUUUAGAAAGCAAUCAAGAAAUUCUGGAACUAAUACAUAAGGUGUGGCUUGAAUUGUUAAGCAAGGCUUCUCUACAAUAUGUGGUAGCAGCUGCAUGUCCCUGGAUGGGAGCCUGGCUCUGCUUAAUGAUGCAGCCUUCUCAUUUGCCUAUUGAUUUAAAUAUGUUGCUUGAAGUGAAAGCCAGAUUGAAGGAAAAGACAGGUGCCAAGGUACGGCAAGGUCAAACCCAGACUAAAGAAGUGAUACAAGAAUACAUUGCUGGUGCAGAAAGCAUUACUGAAGAUUCAGCAACCAGGGAUUAUGUUGUUAUGAGAGCUCGGAUGAUGGCGGCAAAAUUGCUCGGAGCACUCUGCUGCUAUAUUUGCGAUCAGAGUCUGAAUGCCAUUUCCCAAGAAAUAAAGCCAGCUGAAUCACUAGCCCAGCUAUUGCUUUUCCACUUGAAUUCCAAGUCUGCUUUGCAGAGGUUUAGUGUUGCAUUAGUAAUCUGUGAGUGGGCUGCCUUGCAGAAGGAUAAUAAAGCAGUGGCUCUUGCUGUCCAGUCACGUUUACUUGGUGUCCUUUCUGAGCAUUUGUACUAUGAUGAAAUUGCUGUUCCUUUCACCCGAAUGCAAAAUGAAUGUAAACAACUCAUCUCUUCAUUCACUGAAGCAAACAUUGACAUAGCCAGCAAAGUUAACUGCAGCGUGUUUACAAUAGAUCAAGCUAACGAAUUGGUCACUACUGUCUUCAAUGAAGUUACAUCCUCUCUCGAUCUAAAUGCAAAAGUUUUGCAGCAACUAGAAAGCAAACGACAGCAAGUCCAAAUGACAGUUGCAGAAACAAAUCAGGAAUGGCAGAUAUUGCAGCUGAGAGUGCACACUUUUACUGCUUGUGCUGUUGUGAAUCUGGGACAGCUUCCGGAAAAAUUAAACCCUAUCAUAAAACCUCUGAUGGAGGCUGUGAAGAAAGAAGAGAAUACAUUAGUACAAAACCAUUCAGCUUUGUGCAUAGCGAAGUUACUUCAGCAGUGUACAACAAGAUCUCCAUGUCCCAACUCAAAGAUAAUAAAAAACCUUUGCAACUCACUCUGCGUAGAUCCACAUCUUACUCCUUUAGCAUCAUGUCCUGCACAACCCCAGAGCAGCAAUGAAAACUCAAAAGGAUCUAAUUCUGAAAGAGAUGGGAUGCAUCACACAGUCACCAAGCAUCGAGGUAUAAUCACACUGUAUAGGCAUCAAAAAGCUGCAUUUGCCAUCACAAGCCGACGAGGUCCUACACCAAAGGCUCCCAAAGCCCAAAUAGGAGAUCUGCCUACAAGCAGUAGUGGAAACGUAACUACAGAGCUUGAUGAAGCUCAGAAGCCCUAUAUUGUUCAAAGGAGAGGAGCAGAAUUUACUUUAUCCACUAUUGCCAAACAUUUUGGUGGUGAAAUGGCGGUUGGUUUGCCACAUCUCUGGGAUGCUAUGGUUGGUUCUUUAAGGAACAGUAUUGACAUAAACAGUUUUGAUCGAAAAUCACUCUUGGAAAAAGGAGAUGGUCCAGCCCAGGAACUGGUGAACUCACUACAGGUUUUUGAAACAACUGCAGCUUCUAUGGAUAUUCAGCUUCACCCUUUGUUGAUACAGCACUUGCCUUAUCUUUGUAUGUGCCUUCAACAUCCCAACACUGCAGUGAGGCACAUGGCUGCUCGGUGUGUAGGUGUAAUGAGCAAAAUAGCUACCAUAGAAACCAUUCACAUUUUCUUGGAAAAGGUUCUUCCUUGGCUGGGAGCAAUAGAUGACAGCACCAAGCAAGAGGGUGCAAUUGAAGCCCUUGCUUCUGUAAUGGAGCAACUAGAUGUUGGAAUUAUUCCCUACAUAGUUCUUCUCGUGGUGCCAGUUCUGGGCCGAAUGAGUGAUCAGACAGACAGUGUACGCUUCAUGGCCACUCAGUGCUUUGCAACACUAAUUAGAUUAAUGCCUCUUGAGGCUGGCAUUCCAGACCCACCAGAUAUGUCUGAAGACUUGAUCAAAAUUAAAGCCAAGGAGCGCCAUUUUCUGGAACAAUUAUUGGAUGGGAAAAAACUAGAGAACUAUAAAAUUCCUGUACCAAUUAAAGCAGAACUCAGGAAAUACCAGCAGGAAGGUGUAAAUUGGUUGGCUUUUCUCAACAAAUACAAGCUUCAUGGUAUUCUCUGUGAUGAUAUGGGCUUAGGAAAAACCCUGCAGUCCAUCUGUAUUCUUGCAGGAGAUCACUGUCUCAGGACCCAAGAAUACGCAAGGACUAAAAUGGCUGAUAGUGUUCCACUCCCAUCCUUGGUAGUGUGCCCUCCCACACUUACAGGCCAUUGGGUAGAUGAAGUGGGCAAAUUUUGUUCCAAAGAAUAUUUGAACCCUUUGCACUAUACUGGUCCUCCCACGGAAAGGGCAAGGCUACAGCACCAUGUAAAAAGGCACAACCUAAUUGUCGCUUCCUAUGACGUUGUGAGAAAUGACAUUGAUUUCUUCCGAAAUAUUAAAUUUAACUACUGUAUUCUUGAUGAAGGCCAUGUCAUAAAAAAUGGAAAAACAAAACUAUCAAAAGCAAUAAAGCAAUUGACUGCCAAUUAUAGGAUAAUACUCUCUGGGACACCAAUUCAGAACAACGUCUUAGAAUUGUGGUCACUGUUUGACUUCCUUAUGCCAGGAUUUUUGGGUACUGAGCGCCAGUUUGCAGCUCGCUAUGGCAAGCCGAUAUUAGCCAGCAGGGAUGCUCGCAGCUCCAGUCGAGAACAGGAGGCAGGUGUUCUUGCAAUGGAAGCAUUGCACAGGCAAGUUCUGCCAUUUUUGUUGAGAAGAAUGAAAGAAGAUGUGCUACAAGAUCUUCCACCAAAAAUUAUUCAAGACUAUUACUGCAUCCUCAGUCCUCUACAGGUUCAGCUUUAUGAAGAUUUUGCCAAGUCACGUGCCAAAUGUGAUGUGGAAGAAACCGUUUCAGCUGCUUCACUGACCGAGGAGACUGAAAAACCAAAGCUUAAAGCUACGGGACAUGUAUUCCAGGCAUUGCAGUAUUUAAGGAAACUAUGCAACCAUCCAGCAUUAGUUUUAACUAUUCAUCAUCCAGAACACAAGAGAAUCACAGAGAAGCUUGCAGCUGAGAACUCUUCCCUUCGCGACAUCCAGCAUGCCCCUAAACUCUCCGCUUUAAAACAGUUGCUGCUGGAUUGUGGCUUAGGCAAUGGCGGUUCCUCAGAAAGUGGCACAGAAACCAUCGUUGCCCAACACAGGAUACUUAUCUUCUGUCAACUCAAGAGCAUGCUGGAUAUAGUAGAACAUGACCUUCUCAAGCCCCACUUACCCUCCAUUACCUAUCUGCGAUUGGAUGGCAGCAUACCUGCUGGUCAGAGGCAUUCCAUCGUUUCACGGUUUAACAAUGACCCAUCUAUAGACGUACUCUUGCUUACCACUCAUGUUGGUGGACUGGGUCUUAACUUAACUGGAGCGGACACAGUGGUGUUUGUUGAACAUGACUGGAAUCCAAUGAAAGACCUCCAAGCAAUGGAUCGAGCACAUCGUAUCGGACAGAAACGAGUUGUUAAUGUUUAUCGCUUGAUAACAAGGGGAACCUUGGAAGAAAAAAUAAUGGGUCUGCAGAAGUUCAAAAUGAAUAUUGCAAAUACAGUGAUUAGCCAAGAGAAUACUAGUCUACAAAGCAUGGGGACAGAUCAGCUUCUUGAUCUCUUCACUCUUGACAAGGAUGGAAAAAUGGAAAAAUUAGAUGGUGCUACUUCUGCUGGAAAAACAAGUAUGAAGUCAGUUCUUGAAAAUCUUGGAGACCUUUGGGAUCAAGAACAGUAUGACUCGGAAUAUAGCCUUGAAAAGUUUAUGCACUCACUCAAAUAAUCAUUCUUAAUACAAUGGCUGGCAUUUUCAGCUGAUAUUCAGCAAAUUUCAAAGCAUUUUUAGUGGACUCCUAGUAUAACAUGUAAAUAUACUUGUGGAAGAAAUAUGAGGAAUGGCUGAUGUAUGGACUAGAGCAGCCACCUUCACUUCUGGAUAGCUAAGUCUUAAAUAUUUGCAUUGUAAAAAACAAACUAUAAGAUAGUUCUGAAUUUUCAGAAUAACUAUGAAUUCUGACUCGAUAGAAAAUAAAACCUCCAGCAGGUUUUGCACAUGUUGAUAAGUGUUACUUCUCUUUCUGAAAUAUGUCUUGUCACUCCCUCUUUUCUGAAGCUACAAUAACUUGUACAGAUUGUUUUGAGUACUUUGUUCUUUUAAAUCUAGCUUGCUUCAAUGGUACACUUUACAAAUGUUCGGUUUAAUCAGAUCGAGUGAUGUUUAGUUCAUUUCAGGAUGUACGUUGACGUAAUGGCAAACCCUACCAUCCUGGAAGAAUAUUGGGGAAUUAAAUGAAACUUCCAAGUAUUAAUGUUCCCACCUUUAUAUAUUUAAGUAUGUGGUGCUCUUUAGUCAUCUGGCAUUUUCAGAGCAGUUGACUUUUUAAUAGGAAUUACAGACAAUGGCCAACUUUAGGCCAUUUCCGCAUCCUGUUUAGAGGGGUGCCAUUUUUAAAUUUGUGUGUGUGUGUGUAUGUAAAUAUGGGUGAGUGUGUGUGUAUGUAUAUAUACAUAUAAAUAUAUGGCUAGAACAUAGCCCAGUUCAGAGAUCCAAGUAUGCAGUAGGUUUCAAUCCUAUAUUUUUUGUAACUAAAAGAGAAAAUAUAUAAACAGAGCUUUUCCAGCAAUAGAUCUUAUAAAAUUGAGAAUCCAUGGUGGAAAGACUCUCUAAUGCACUAGUGCAUGAACCCCUUAAAUGGAAAAGGGGAAAUGCUUUAUUUAGGGAUCUAGAUAUAAACAUUGGAUUGUAUCCAAUGUUAGUCCUACUUAGAGUAGAUCCAUUGAAAUGAAUGGGACUUAGUCUAACAUUGGAAAGAACUGACUCUACUUAGAAAUGCCUACACUGCAUCAGAGGGAAUGAAGUAUUUGAGCUGAAAUCAUGUAAUAGAAAUUUUAGGCUAUAAAAAAAUUAAGAAUAACAAUAGUUGUACAUUUUUUUAAAAAAAAGAGUCUCUUCUAAAAGGGAGUCAGUAGUGACAUGUCUGUGCAUAGAUGUGCAUGUCUGUACCAAAUGCGUACACAAUUUUCUAAGUAUAUUAAAGACAAACCUACAUAAGCUGUCUAAAUACAUACAUAGAAUAUAUGUAUAGAUGUCAUAACUAAGGUUUGCUGUGCACUUCAGUAUCAGAACUUGAUUAGCCACGAGACCUCAACAAUGUUUUGAUUUUUUUUAAGAGGAAAAAAUGUUGGCUUAUGGAGCAGGAUUGUUUUGCAGCACUCAAAUAUGAAUGAACAUGUGUCAUAUUUCGGUAGAUAUAUGAACUGCCAUAUUGUAACAUUGAACUAGCAUUCCGUAAAAAAAGAAAAUAAAAAAGCCAAACUGGCAUUAAUCAGCCCCUUACAUGUUGCAUGUAGUUCUUUCUACAACUUCAAGUCAUAAACUCUACAGCUGCAUGGAAGAAAAAUAAAAUGAAAUUUCUUUAGAUUAAUGAAUAGUUUGUAUGGGGAAACACAGCUGGGAUGG